AUGGGUUUUUCUCCUCUAAGUAAUCCUGUAAUAAAAGUAAAAAUGACCUUCUUAGAUAUGGGCUUAGAAAUAAUUUCAAUAACUCUGACUUUGUCACUAUGGAUUUAUUAAGUCUACAUACAAAAUAUCUUAGGAGAUUACUAUUAUGUAAACAAAGAUAUUAUUCAAUCUUCUUAAAGCCUUUACCUUCUGCCUUUAUGUGGGACUCUGAUCUUCUCUAUAGCGCUUAUAAUAGCUCUUUUUCCAGAGAAUUUGCCCUAACCAAUUAAAAUCACUUACGAAAGUCCUACAAUCUAAAAGGUAUAUUCUUACUUUCUAAAAAUGAUUACUUGCUCAAAAAUAAACAUAUUGUUAUAUUUUAACAUUCUAAAUUACCUUUAUUCCUAACGAAGCAUCGGAAAAAAUGAUGAGUCUGUAAAUUCCUUUUACUUUAUUGGCAUGUAGAUUAUUAUAGUAUUUAUAUACCUUAUUAGUAUUUUGAUUAUCUACAUUAUCAACCGCUCUAAAUAAAUCCUACCAAAUUAAUAGAAUAACUACAAUAUUGAAGUAUCUAGCUUAAGAUAUGAUAGCCAACAAUAAAUAUGA